AUGGCUCGCGUCGCUCAAUUUGUGGUCUCAGGCCUUUUGGCAGCCACAUUGGCCAAUGGUCAAGACUUUGCUGGAAGUGGACGAAGCGAGGAUGCCUUCAGCUAUGUUCAACCUAAGAACACAACCAUCCUCGGUCCCUAUGGACACUCACCCGCUGUUCUUCCCUCUCCCAACGCGACUGCGUCCGGAGAAUGGGAGGAUGCCUACGCUAAGGCCCAAAAGUUUGUCGCCAAGUUGACAAUCGAAGAGAAGGCUGAUAUGGUCACUGGCCAGCCCGGUCCCUGCGUUGGAAACAUUGUUGCUAUUCCUCGACUGGGUUUCUCGGGUCUUUGCUUACAAGAUGGCCCUCUGGCAAUCCGUGUUGCCGACUAUGCAAGUGUCUUCGCUGCUGGUGUUACCGUGGCGUCGACCUGGGACCGGGAUCUCCUAUAUGAGAGAGGUUAUGCUAUGGGACAAGAGUUCAAGGCCAAGGGUGCCCACAUUGCGCUCAGCCCCGUCGCCGGACCCCUCGGCCGCUCCGCCUACGCUGGUAGAAACUGGGAAGGGUUUGCUGCAGACCCAUACCUGACUGGUGUCGCCAUGGAGAGAACCAUUCGUGGCCACCAAGACGCCGGCGUGCAAGCCACCGCUAAGCACUUCAUCGGAAACGAACAGGAGACCCAGAGAAACCCUACUUACGACUCUAAUGGCACUCUGACUGAUGUCAUUCAGGAGGCUCUUUCCUCCAACAUUGAUGACCGCACCAUGCACGAGCUCUACCUUUGGCCAUUUGCCAACGCUGUCCGCGCUCAGGCAGCCAGCUUCAUGUGCGCAUACCAGCGUCUCAAUGGUUCUUAUGCCUGUGAGAACUCCAAGGCCCUCAACGGUCUCCUUAAGGAAGAGCUUGGCUUCCAGGGAUACGUGAUGUCCGACUGGGGUGGCACUCACUCCGGUGUCGCCUCCAUCGAGGGCGGCCUCGACAUGAACAUGCCCGGUGGUCUCGGUGCCUACGGUAAGACACCUGAAGCCGGAUCCUUCUUCGGUAAGAACGUGACCUACGCCGUCAACAACGGAACCGUGGACGAGUCUCGCGUCGAUGACAUGAUCAUCCGUAUCAUGACCCCCUACUACUGGCUCGGCCAGGACAAGGACUUCCCCGAGGUUGACCCAUCAUCUGCCGACCUGAACACUUUCUCCCCCCGGUCCACCUGGUUGCGCGAGUUCAAUCUCACUGGCGAACGCAGCCGCGAUGUCCGCAGUAACCAUGCCGAAGGUAUUCGCAAGCUCGCCGCAGAGGCCUCAGUCCUACUCAAGAAUGAGAAGAAGGCUUUGCCCUUGAAGGCUCCCAAGAAUAUUGCCGUCUUCGGUAAUGAUGCGGGUGAAAACACCAUGGGCGCUGUCAACGAGGAUACAUUUGAGUUCGGUAACCUCGCCUCUGGAGGUGGAUCCGGUACCGGUCGCUUCACUUAUCUUGUGUCUCCCCUGGAGGCCAUCAAGACUCGUGCCAAGCAGGAUAACGCUCUGGUUCAAUACUUCUUGAACAACACCCAGAUCGCUACCAAGAAUGUCACCGAUCUCUGGGUUCCCACCACCCCUGACGCUUGCCUUGUUUUCCUCAAGACCUGGGCCGAAGAAGGCGCCGAUCGCGAGCACUUGACAGUCGACUACAAUGGUAACGAGGUCGUGCAAUCAGUUGCCAAGUCUUGCAACAACACCAUUGUCGUCACCCACUCCUCCGGAAUCAACACCCUCCCCUUCGCCGACCACCCUAACGUUACCGCUAUUAUCGCUGCCCACUACCCUGGCCAGGAAGCUGGAAACUCCAUCGUCGAUGUCCUUUACGGUGACGUCAACCCCGCUGGUCACUUGCCGUACACCAUCGCCAAGAACGCUAGUGACUACAACGCCCCUCCCACCACCGAAGUGGCUACCAAUGGCACAUACGACUGGCAAUCCUGGUUCGACGAGAAGCUCGAGAUUGACUACCGCUACUUCGACGCCAAGAACCUCUCCGUCCAAUAUGAAUUUGGCUUUGGUCUCUCUUACACCACCUUCGACAUCUCUGACAUCGAGACCGAGCUCGUUGUUGACUCCGUCUCUUCCAUCCCCGAGGACCAGCCCAUCCAGCCUGGAGGCAACCCCGCCCUGUGGGAGACUCUCUACAAUGUGACAGUAUCCGUCACCAACUCUGGUGAUGUCAAGGGCGCAACUGUUCCCCAGUUGUAUGUUACAUUCCCAGACAGCACCCCCGAGGGAACACCACCCAAGCAGCUGCGCGGCUUUGAGAAGGUGUCUCUGGCUGCAGGCGAGUCACGAACUGUUGGCUUUGAGCUGAUGCGCCGUGAUCUGAGCUACUGGGACAUCGUUUCCCAACAGUGGCUUAUCCCUGAGGGCGAAUUUGUCCUUCGUGCUGGUUUCAGCAGUCGUGACUUGCAGGAGGUCACUAAGAUCACUCCUGUUUCAUCGCAGAACUAG